AAUAUAUUACAUUUCUUCUUCGAUGUGGAGGGCAUGCCAUUCCUCUCCUCAGACGCUCCCAGCCCUGCGUUUCGCUUGCAAUGCCUCUCUGUAACUGUGUUUUUUAGUUUACGAAACUGCCCCUACCCAUAAAGCAAAUUUCCCGAUGCUUCCUUGCGUAGUUGGGGGUUUUCUAGGGUUUUGGGACUGCGCGGAAUGGGGGAUUCGUAAGCUCAGGUGGCUGACAAUGAUUCUAACAAAGCAGUAUCGAUGCAUACACUCAGCAAGCUGUCGAUGCACAAAAGGCCAUCUAAGCGAAGAUGUGAUAUUCCUAGUAUUUCAACAUUUGAACUGGAACCCUAAGCUAAUUGCUACUCUGUCCUGUGUAUGCAAGUGGUUUGAUGAUCUUGCAAAGAGAGUACUAUGGAAGGAGUUUUGCCGAACAAGAGCACCAAAGAUGAUGCUUGAUCUGCAAUCUAGUGGGAGUCACAAUGUUGAUGGGAACUGGAGAGCACUGGGGAAACUACUUAUUUACUGUUCAGGAUGUAAGAAAGGUGGCCUGUUCAAUAGCAUUCAAAUCCCAGGCCAUUUUGUUUAUAGGACCCGGUUCUCUAGGACCUCAGGGAAGAGUUUUCUUUUGCCACAAUGCAGAACAGAUGUUUUAUAUGUGUCUGACCCUUGUGAACAUCUUGAUCAAGGGGAAGAGGGGGAUGUGGGAUUCUUCCGUGGAGUUUUCAAGUCGUUCUCAAUGUCAAAGGUGCGGAAGAUGCUAAUCAAAAGGGGGGCCCAGCUUCAUCCAACAGAGGUGUGCCCUUAUUGUAAGGCAAAGUUGUGGAACAUGCUGCAGGCUCAGAUGAUACCACAAAGUGCCAGCUGCAGGUUGGGUGCUUAUGAGGAUUGCAUUGAGUAUUAUGUGUGUCUCAAUGGACAUAUGCUUGGGAUCUGCACCCUCUUACCUUUGUCUGAUUCAGAAGAGGCAUCUGAGUUGGAGUGAUAGUUGGAAUGAAACUCAGAUUUCUAAUCAUUGAGCAUAAAGUUGGGAAGGUAAAACAUGUGAUGAGCCUUUUGUUCAACUUAUUUGGUGGAAGUUUGAACCAGAACAUCGCAAUAUCAUAUGGACUUUCGAGUCUGCUGCUUCAGUCUGGCCUGGCCUUGCCAAAUUUUUCCCAUCGAAAGGCCAAAAACAGCUGCUAACCUUUUAAAUCGUCCAUUACAUAAAAUGUUAAUGUGGAAACCAUGUAAUACCCGUGUACUGUACAUUUAUGUUCGAUCCGUAUAUGUAUUUGCAGGGCAGAUUGGUUUGUGCGCAAUAAUCUAUACACACUGGUUUAUGAUAAACUAGUUGCUUUAA